UCCUAAGUAUCUAAAAUUAUUAAUAAAUAAAUAAAUAAAUUAUCUAAAUAAACCGAAUUACCAUAAUAUUUUUUCUUAUUUAUAUACAAUGAUCAGAAUUGUAUGAUAUUCUAAACCGAGUGACCAAUAGUUAUUCGAUCAACUUGUAAUUAGUCGAUAUUUUCAUCAAAAUUAUCAGAAAAACUAAAGUAAUCUGAACUAGCUAGGUCCAAACUUUUAAGUAUUAGCUAGUUCUCUUAGUAUUAUAUGAACUGAAUUAAGAAAAAAACGAAAACUAAACAAAUUUCAUAAAUGUUCGAGUAGUUUACAUAUCUCUACAAAACCAUAAAACAAAUGGAACCAAAUAACAAACCAAGCUGGAAUCGAACCGAAAACAGAAUCAUAUGUCUAAUAUUCGAGUAAAACUCUCAGGAGUUAAAUAUUCACCGGAGACAUUCAUAACAUAUAUAAAAAUGUGUACCAUAUAAAUAUAUAGUAACACAAAGUAAACAAAGAUUAUUGAAAGAGUUUGCGUAUGCUUGAAACUACAAGAGUAGAAACUGAGCUAAAAGCACAUGGUAGGUUACUUUAACAUUGGAAAAACACAUUUUCUUCUUCUUGUUCCUUUUAAGUCACUUUUCCUCCUCUUUAUUCAUUUGACAUUUUUCUUCAAAAUAUUUUUAUAAUAUAUAUCUGGAUUAAAAAAGAGGCAUCUCUAUAGAGGAUUGAUAUUAUAUGAUUUUAUAAUCAUAGGUUGCUAAAUAAGAAGAUGACUCACGAUAUCAUAUGUAUACAAUCCCAAGCAAAGACAACACACAUCAUCAUGUUCUCCCCAAUAAUGAUCACUUGCGAAGUACAUACACACAAACUCCAGAAUUAUAAUUUUAAAAAUAAAUAUGAAUUAAUUUAAUAUACAAAAUUAAUAUCCCUUUAAUUAGUUAAAACAUUACAACAUGAUUCUCAAUUCCCCAUACAAACUGAUACCCAAGAACUUAAAAAAAAUGCUUAGAGGCAUCUUCCACAUCUGCCUCUCGGCAUCAUUUCUUCUUCUACCAUUCUCCUCCGCCGUACACGACGGUGACUUCAGCGGUGGAGCAAAUGCUCCUUCUCCAUGGGACCACAAUAUUGCACCAUCACCAGAAACCGCACCAUCCCCAACCACCUCACCGCCAUCUCCCGGUCCGGCGGCUGCUCCAUCUCCGAUCAACAACGGCUCUAUCUCCGGAGACAUGACAUGGUGGUGCAACAAGACUCCACACGCUGAGACAUGCAAUUACUACUUCCAAAGGAGCCCACACAACAACAUUAACAGACCACCAAGGUUUCGGUCCGAAUUUCUACGAUUGCUGGUCCAAGUAGCACUUGACCAAGCCGUCAUCACACACGCUCAGACUGUAAAGUUCGGUCCGAGCUGCACCAACAACCAACGGAAAGCCGCUUGGUCAGACUGCGUAAAGCUCUUCGAAAACACGGUGGCUCAGCUGAACCUGACGCUCAAGGGACUUAACCCGGGGGCUUCCAGUGAUGUGAAGUGUUCGAACUUCGACGCACAGACGUGGCUCAGCACAGCCCAGACCAACAUUGAAACAUGCCGGUCUGGUUCGGAGGAUCUUAAAGUCUCGGAUUUUGUCAUGCCGGCGAUCUCCAACAAGAACUUGUCGGAUUUUAUUGGAAACUGUUUGGCUGUCAAUGGAGUUCUCAUGAAGCAACAUAAUCAUACAACUGCUAACCACGAAGAAUACUUCCCAAGCUGGGUGUCAAGACACGAGAGGCGAUUACUCGUAUCAGCCUCUUUAGCGAAAUCUAGACCCCAUCUAGUGGUGUCACAAGACAGGUCCGGCCAUUUCCGGUCGAUCCAAUCUGCGAUAAACUUCGCAGGAAGACGGAGAAUCAAGUCAAGAUUUAUAAUAUAUGUGAAGAAAGGUGUUUACAGAGAGAACAUUGAAGUGGGGAACGAUAACCACAACAUAAUGCUUGUUGGUGACGGCGCAAGAAAAACAAUCAUCACCAGCGGUAGAAGCGUCAAAAACGGCUAUACCACCUAUAACUCAGCAACAGCUGGCUUUGGAGGCCAAAGGUUUGUAGCAAAGGACAUGACCUUCAUCAAUACGGCAGGACCAUUACGCGGCCAAGCUGUCUCGGUUCGGUCAUCCUCUGACCUCUCAGUUUUCUACCGUGUCGGUAUCCAUGGAUUCCAAGACACGCUCUACAUUCACUCGCAACGUCAGUUCUUUAGAGAAUGUUACAUCUCAGGCACCAUAGACUUCAUCUUCGGAAAUGCAGCUGUUGUGUUUCAAAACUGCAUGAUUCUCGUCCGACGUCCUCUCCGUGGCCAAGCUAACGUUAUAACAGCUCAGGGUCGUGGUGACCCUUUUCAGAACACAGGUAUUACCAUCCAUAGCUCAAGGAUAAUCGCGGCUUCUGAUUUGAGGCCUGUUAUUCGAGCUUACAAGACCUAUUUAGGUCGACCGUGGCAAGCGUAUUCGCGUGUUACUAUCAUGAAGACUUAUAUAGAUAACUCAAUCAGUCCCUUGGGAUGGUCUCCUUGGUUAAGAGGGUCCAAUUUUGCUCUCAACACGGUUUUCUAUGGAGAGUAUAAAAAUUUUGGACCGGGUUCUUCCACGAGGUGGCGGGUCCGGUGGAAAGGAUUCCACGCCAUAACCAGUGCUUCGGUUGCUUCCCGGUUUACUGUGGGAAGCCUCAUUGCAGGCGGUUCAUGGUUGCCUUCCACUGGCGUGCCGUUCAAGACAGGGUUGUGAGGAGAAUUGCAUGUUCCAUUCCAUUCCCAAAGACUAUUUAUAUAGUGUGUUAUGUGUUGUUUAUUUAUUUAUCUCUUGUUAACAUCAUUGUUAACCCAACAAACUAUUCUAUAUAUAUAAUAUUUAAAGAUACAUUGCUAUAA